UUCACUGUAAACCUAACCAACUUUCGGCGUAGCGUACCACACAACCCACACCAUAUUAUGCCCAUAAGAGAUUGGUUAGAAUCCCGAUCCGUGAACUGGCUGCCUGCACAUUUGGCGAAUUCUGGGUAGUGUAGCGCUUGUUCGCUUUUGUCCGCAUGCCGCAUUGCCCUCUUCUCUUCAGCAGCCUGAUUGAAAGUAGAAUAAAGCUCUGCAGCUGGAAUGCGCUCAAGUUCAUAAUUUACAACCAAGGAAGGUCUGCUGGGCAUGCUCACUGGCAAAACGUUAAAAAAACGAAAGAAGCAGGGGAUAAGCUUAAGAGCCGGACCGCUCAACACUAUGUUAAAGCUAUAUCAGUUGCCAUAAAAAAUGGAGGCGGUAUUCGGGACCCUAGGUUGAACUCCCAGCUGGCUUCUGUACUAGCUGAAGCAAAGGCUAACUCCGUCCCUUCCUCUACAUUGGAACGCGCACUGAAAGCUGAGCCAGCUGGUAUCCCUUACCUGCUAGAAAUUAUCGCGCCAGGUGGACUCUUUGUCCUUGUUAAAGGCCUUACAAAAUCCGUUCCUUCCGAACGACAUAAGUUGACUGCGAUUGUCAAACGCUUUGGGUGUACCGUUUCUCCAUCACCUGGAAGGAUAACCAAUGAAUUCUUCAACCAUGUUGGCCUCGUAAAUGUGCCAGCUAAGAAUAACGAUAAUCUUCCCGAUCUUGAUUCAGCUACCAACCUUGGUAUAGAGCUGGGCGCAGAGGAGGUCAAAGAGGUCACUUUUAAUAGCAGUGUUGUUUUUCAGUUUCAUUGUCACCCUCGUGCUAUGGACACUUUGCGACAGGAACUUGAACAAGAGCACAAUGUUGUGGUCUCUUCAGUAGAAGACGUUUAUAUUCCGAAGACAUUUGUCGAGGUUUCGCCAACAGCGUACCAGAACUUGAGAGAGAUGUACGAAAAAAUUCGCAGUCAACACGAGAAUUUAGAGGGGAUUUUCGACAACGUGACUAUUCGGCAAGAAAAUAAGUGACUUUUUCGUGAUAGUGUACUGGGUGCGCUACAAAUAUCGCAAGCCCUCUAACGGAUUCAUUGGAAUGCUUCCCUCUCGGGCGAUUUCCAUCGUUGUGUUUCGGACCCGAAAUGCCUUCCUUGUUGAUUGCUCGCACGCCCUUUGUUUGGCUCAUCCAGUCACAAUCGGCUAAUCGAGCAAAGAAGCAAUACAAGCGGACUAUUGGUGCCAUUUUCCCUGAUUUUCGUUUUCCAACUGAAACUGAAGUUACACGUAAUGGGUAGUUUAAAUGAAAGAAAAGCUAUCAACAUUGCGGCAUCCGCCCUAUACAACUGAUGCUUCACCUGACAGACGCUGUACAUUUAAAUAACCUGUAAAACGCCGUCAAUUAUUUCAAAAGUGUAAUUGUACAUUUAUUGCACGAUAUUGCACCAACAUUUGUAACGAGUUAGCUGAGCGACAACUCGGUCCC